CCGGAACGUCACAAUCACAAUCGUCAGGUUCGAUUGGACACCGCGUGCCAGCUCCGUCGCAAGGAAAGGAGACAAUCCACAACAGAGGAGAAGACUCAGUUGUACACACUCCCAUCAACAUGUCUCCUGCAGCUCAAGGAACAGCCAUUGGUAUUGACCUUGGCACCACCUACUCCUGUGUCGGGGUCUUCCAGCAUAGCAAGGUGGAGAUCAUCGCCAAUGACCAGGGCAACCGCACCACCCCCAGCUACGUGGCCUUCAAUGACACUGAGAGGCUCAUCGGAGAUGCUGCCAAGAACCAGGUAGCCCUGAACCCGCAGAAUACCAUCUUUGAUGCCAAGAGGCUCAUUGGGAGGAAGUUUGAUGACCCAGUCGUGCAGUCUGAUGUGAAGCACUGGCCCUUCCAGGUGGUGAAUGAAGGAGGGAAGCCCAAGGUCAGGGUCGAGUACAAGGGUGAGAAUAAAGCCUUUUACCCUGAGGAAAUCUCUUCCAUGGUGCUGACCAAGAUGAAGGAGACAGCAGAGGCUUACCUGGGACAGCCUGUCAGUAAUGCUGUUAUCACGGUGCCUGCUUACUUCAAUGAUUCCCAGCGCCAGGCAACCAAAGACGCUGGUGUGAUCGCUGGCCUCAAUGUCCUCCGUGUUAUCAAUGAGCCAACGGCAGCUGCCAUUGCCUACGGCCUGGACAAGAAGGGCAGAGGAGAACACAACGUUCUCAUCUUUGACCUGGGGGGUGGCACCUUCGAUGUGUCUAUUCUCUCCAUUGACGAUGGUAUCUUUGAAGUGAAAUCGACGGCGGGUGACACCCACUUGGGAGGAGAGGACUUUGAUAACCGCAUGGUCAGUCAUUUCAUUGAGGAGUUCAAGCGUAAAAACAAGAAGGACAUCAGUCAGAACAAGAGAGCAGUGAGGAGGCUGAGGACAGCCUGUGAAAGAGCCAAGAGAACCCUGUCUUCCAGCACACAAGCCAGCAUUGAGAUUGACUCCCUGUUUGAAGGCAUUGACUUCUACACCUCCAUCACCAGGGCUCGAUUUGAGGAGCUGAAUGCUGACCUUUUCAGAGGCACUCUGGAACCAGUGGAGAAAGCUCUGAGAGAUGCCAAGUUGGACAAGUCACAGAUCCAUGCCAAGAACUCUCUGGAGUCAUAUGCCUUCAACAUGAAGAGUACAGUGGAGGAUGAGAAUGUUAAAAAUAAGAUCAGUGAGGGAGAUAGGAAGGAAGUAAUUGAGCAGUGUAACCAGGCCAUAUCCUGGCUGGACAGGAAUCAGAUGGCGGACAAGGAGGAGUUUGAGCACAAGCAGAAAGAGCUGGAAAACCUCUGUCGGCCAAUCAUUUCCAACCUGUACCAAGGAGGGGCAGGACCAACAGGGGGAUCUUGCAGAACCCAAGCUGGAAAUGCCACUUCCACAGGACCAACCGUGGAGGAGGGGAAAUUUGAGUUGAGUGGCAUCGCUCCUGCCCCUCGUGGUGUACCACAGAUUGAGGUCACCUUUGAUGUCGAUGCCAAUGGCAUCUUGAAUGUCUCUGCCAUUGAUAAGAGCACUGGCAAAUCGAACAAGAUCACUAUCAGCAAUGACAAGGGCAGAUUGAGUAAGGAGGAGAUUGAGAGGAUGGUGCAGGAAGCAGAAAGUUACAAAGCCCAAGAUGAUAUGCAACACAAAAAAAUCUUGGCCAAAAAUUCCCUAGAGUCAUAUGCAUUCAACAUGAAGAAUUCAGCAGAGGAAGAGAAAAUAAGUGGCAAGAUUAGCGAGGAAGACAAGAAGAAGGUAAUUGAAACCUGUAACCAAGCAAUAUCCUGGCUGGAGACACACCAGGAUGCAGAGAAGCAUGAGUAUGAAGAUCAACUGAACAAGUUGGAGAACAUCUGCAACCCUAUUAUUGCCAAGUUAUAUCAGGGAGGUGUGCCUGUUGGCUUCGGUGACCAGGCUGGAAAAGGAAAUGCCUUCAGUGGCCCAACAAUUGAGGAAGUCGAUUGAAUUCCUUCCCAAACU